AUGACGCUUCCGGACCCGAACGCCAACCCCUACAUCUGGGCGACGCUGAUCACUAACUCGGGGUACCUCCCCGGGGUGUUGACGUUGAACUACUCGCUCCAGAAACUGGGCUCCAGCUACCCGCUGAUUGCGCUCUACACCGACAAGUUGGACCCGGCGUCCCUCCAGGCCCUCCACGACGCCGACAUACCGACGCUGCAGAUCGAGAACUUAUCUCCGGCCGCCACGCCAAACCUUGUUCACGACAAGCGUUUCCUGGACACCUGGUCCAAGUUGUUCUUCUUCAAGCUCACGCAGUUCAAGCGCAUCAUCCAGUUGGACUCCGACAUGCUCGUUCUGCAGAACAUGGACGAGCUCAUGACGCUGCCCCUCGGCAGCAGCUCCUUUGCGUCCACGCACGCCUGCGUCUGCAACCCGCUCAAGAAGGCCCACUACCCCGCCUCGUGGACAAGUGAGAACUGCGUCUUUUCCAGCUUCAGCGACGCCAGCGGCAUCCACGGCCCGAGCUGCAAACUCGGACUCUCCAAGUGCAAUUCCGGACUCUUGAUCGUCGAGCCCUCCAUAGACUCCUUCACCUCCAUCCUCUCCGCCUUGGAGGACGGCGACGCCACCGAGUCUUACAUGUUCCCCGACCAGGACCUUUUGGCCGAUGUCUUCCACAAAAACUGGCUCUCCAUCUCCCCCAACUACAACUGCUUGAAAACAUACAAAAACUGCCAUCCACACCUCUGGGACCUUACCAAAAUAAAGAACAUCCACUACAUACUAUCGCCGAAACCCUGGGACGUCGACAGGUCGUACAACGACGAGUCCGGAACUUUUCAAUUGUGGUGGGACGAGAACGACGAACGCUUGGGCUUGGCAGAACCAUGCUGA